UGUUUGCCGGACUGCCGUCUGCCGGUGCCUGAUGCAGUGAUGCCCUGAUAGCCGGAGUGCCGGCCGCCGGGAUGCACGAUGUGCUAUAUUUGUAGAUGAGUUCAGAAAGUUGAUCACAUGUGCAAGAAAAUGCUAAGCGGAAUCAUGCCUCAAGCGCGUGCUAUUCUAAGAUACAGGAUGUGCUAUUACAUAAAACUGGACGUGCUAGUUGUAUGUCAUGGCAUUUGCGACGUCCUAGAUGCACGAUGUGCUAUUUCGUAAACCUGGCGUGCUAGCUGUACAACUCAGAUGAUAGGGAAAUCGUGCUCCCACCGCGUGCUAUUCAUAGAUACAGAUGUGCUCUUUUGUAAACCCGGACGUGCUAGCCGUAUACUCUAGUGCUAAGAUACAGGAUGUGCUAUUACAUAACCCGCUGGCCAAUUAUUGGGCAUUACCUAGCUGCCAUGGCUUCAGUUAAGCAAAUGUUUGACCAAAUCAUAUAAUCACUCUUAACUAUACUCACUUUUUUGUUCUCUCGACUCAUUCUUUAAUCUUGGCUAAUGAGCAACGAUAGCAGUGACAAAGGUGUGUCUGAAUACGAUGGUAGUGGGGAAGUAACCAUAUUCAUACAAGGUUCAACAAUCCUAUUUUAUUAUUCAGCUGGCUUAACAAGGUAUGCUCGUUCUCACAGGAAGUGGAAACCAUUAGCUACUAAUGGGUUGAAACUGGUUUGAAACUGCAGUUUGGCCUCUGGUCUGGUGUGGGUUAGCCUGUGGGUUGGGGUGGGUUUAUUUAAAUGAUAACCUGUCAAUGGUUUGGAUCGGGUGUUGGUUCGGUUUUAGACCCAUUGACAGGUUAUGUUCAAUCUCUCAAGUUUCAAACUUUCACUCUGACAGUCUCCCCUGCAAAAUUGUAGGGUCGUUCGAUCUCUUCUACGGCGGUCUCCCCUGCCUCCGAGAACGAUGGUCCCCAAGCGCACACACGAUCCUCGUUCUGGGGAUGAAUCUACGGCAGAUGAAUCCAGUUUGGAAGCUUCAAACUUUGAAAAGAACACUAAACCUGGCAAGACCGGCUUAGGUUCGCACUGUGAACCUACACCCGUUGUGAAUGCUGCUAAGCUUCUAUCUCCAGAAGCAAGGCAAUACGUGAUAGAUUGUGGCUUUGGUGCCUUUCUUGAGAUGAAGGCUACGAAGAUCUUUUCCCUUGAGACAAUCAUAGUCAUACUGAACAAGUGUGACGUCAGCUCUUCUGAUGAGUCCUUUACGAUUGUACUUUCCGAUGAGCAUCAAUUAAAGGUCACAACAGAGGUAGUGCACAGUAUUUUUGGUCUUCCUACUGGAGAAAUAUCAAUAGACCAGAAGAAUUUCACCCAUACAGAGUUCCUGAAAUUUUGGAAAAUUCUGAAAGCUGGAGGACAUGUGACAGAGUCCACGACCAGAUGUAGAGGGAAACCAGUAUCUACCAAAAGAAUCACUUUACAAUCGUUGUUGAAUUACAUGGAAGCUGAAGCUGACAAGGAAAAGCAAGCCUUUGCUUUCUUCACCAUUCUGCUAUCCAAGCUGCUCCUAACAACAACGAGCAAUGUGCCCACUAAGGGGCACGUGGCGUUGUGCUCUUACAUCGAGAACACGCAAAAGUAUGAUUGGUGCAAAUUUGUUUGUCAGGAUCUGAAAAAUAAAAUCAGUUCAUGGAAACAGAAACCGACAUCAAAAAUCCCGGGAUGCUUACUACUGCUGUUGAUAUGUUCGUUCAGAAUUGUUGUCCCGGAACCUAAGCUGGAAGAAGCAUCUGCUGGUCCACUCAUCAAACAUUAUGAUGACAACAGAAUUUUAGAGUUGUUAAAGGCUGUUAAGGAUACAAUAAAAUUCAAAGAAGAGAUUGCCAACCUCAAGGUGCAGCGCAACGCCAAGCCUCAACCCCCCAAAGAAAAGAAACCAGCUUCCAAAAGGCAAAAGGGUGAAGGACAAAACUUAGGGAUUCAAAUUCAUGUGGAAGAUUUGCUCAAGGGCUAUGAGGUUGAUGAGAAUCAGCGGGGCAUUCUCUUGAAAGUAAUAGAAGACGAAGUUGGGUCUAGUGAAAUCAAGCUCAUGGAAAAAUUGAAGAAGAUUGUUGCGAAUCGUUCCUUCUUUAUAUUUUAUGAUGAGAUCAAAAACAGGGCCCAAAUUAAAGACAAAGAAAGAAUACAACAGAUGGAGAAGAAUCUUGUAGUUGAUAUUGAAGAUGUGACGAUUUCAGAGGCUGUAUUUGUUAAGACCUUCAAACCAUAUGGUCGCUUGCAUACUUCGAUCAUUGAAACUCUGAUUCGCAUAUGGAAUAAAUCAUGGGAUGACAGGAUUAUGCUUUCACUUCUUGCUGUAGAGCAAAUACUCGGUAAGAGAAAAGAUUAUCUCGAAAGAGAACUUAAAGACUAUGACAAAGAGAAAAAGCACACGAUUUUUGUGCCUUUCAUUAUUGAUCAACACUGGUCCUUAGUUGUGGUGGAACCUGGGAGAGAAGUUAUAACUGUUCUUGAUUCCUUUUAUGAAUUGCGGCUGUGCGAAAAACGUCAUGAAAAUCUGAUGGCUCAACUGCAAAAAAAUCUUUAUCCUUUCAUAGGCCUGGAAAAUGCUACGCACCGAUUUAUUACACCACCAGUAGUUCAGAAUCAAAAUAACAGUCAUGAUUGUGGUUUUCAUAUGCUUCUGUACAUAAAGCGAUAUGAGGAUCAAAACUACCAUAACAUUAGUGAGGACGAAGUCAUCAUGUGCCGCAUAGAGACUGCGAUGUUGCUCCUUAACAAUGAAGACAACAAGUGCAGGGACAAAUUUACAGAGAGCCAUGCAAUAACGAAAGAGCAAAAGAAAGAAAAGGUGAGAGAUAAAGUUGACGACAAGAAAGGAGAUAGAAAAGAUGAGAGUUCAGACGAUGAUUAUGAGGACAAGUCUGAGGAGGAGGAGGAGGAGGAGGAGGAGGGGACAGGCUACAAACCCUGCGAUUUCAAGAUAGCAGAUAAUUGGACCCAGAAUUUGGGUAAUAAAGAACUGCGACAGCAACUCUUGAGAAAGAUAGUUGACAAUAAAGAUUAUAAGAGUGUUCAGUUCAUGAGUCCUAAGAGUGACACUGCUCGUAGAGACACUGAUACAUGGAACUUAACGGGAAGCGAUAUUGCAAAAAGCUUUGUGGAUAAAACUCUUUGUGAAGACACGGUGGCGACGUUUUAUGUACAGUGUCUCAUGUAUGAUGAAGGUCAACUAGGAGCUGAUGAAAAAACUGUGUUUUCCAGGAUCUUCCUGGAACCUAAAGUUGCUGAAUUGCUGCUGUCGAAGGAAUACAAGCUUGAGGUAGUUGCUGAUUACAUGAAGGGACAAUACAAUGCUCAGCAAAUUUGUAAAGCAAUGCAAAUAUUUGUGCCCAUCUGCCAAGAGAACCACUGGACGCUUUAUGUUGUUAACAAAAAAUAUGGACAAAUUGAUAUAUUGGACUCCUCACCCACGGCAGUCAAUGAUAAGAUGAAAUAUCACCAAAGCAUCGCAGCUAAAGUGAGGCAAAGGCUGAAUGCUGUUCUUUUGAGAAUCUCCAAGGAAGAACACAUCGAUUUCAUCGAUUUUUCAAAGUGGGGUUUGCCAUUGAUACCUAAAAUACGUAUCGCUCAUCAGGACAGAAACAGUAUGGACUGCGGGUUCUUUGUGAUGUUUUUCAUGAGGCACUAUAAUCCAGAUACUCAUCUACUUGAGGGUCAUAAACUUGCCGAUGAUCAAGUUGAGGGUGAUCAACUUGAGGCUACUAAAGAUAUUAGGAGUAAGAUUUUCUGGUACUUACUCCAUCACAAGUUGAAUGCAUCAGCUGAUAAACUACCUCCGGGUAUCAUCAACCGGAAAUCAGAAACUUAG